UAGAAGCUCAGCGCAAUGUUUGUGUUUCACCGUUACACCUAGACGUGUCUUCUCCUGUACAAGACGAGUGAAAAUGGAUAAUCCUGCGACACGACAACCAAUGAGUGAGUUGGAACUGCUGAGAAUGCAGAUGAAUGCAAAGACCGAUGAGACUCUUGAUUCAACAAGGAACAUGGUUCGUUUAUGUGAUGAGAGUACAAAAGUGGGUGCUCAGACACUAGGAAAAUUGGAGUCCCAAGGCCAACAAUUAAGAGGGAUCGAUUCGGAUAUGGAUAACAUUCGUGAAGAUCUACACGAAGCACAACGUGACCUUGAUGAGAUCGAUAAGUGUUGUGGUUUAUGCGUUUUACCAUGGAGGAAAGUCAAGCCAGAUUCGAAAACGCCGAAAUACCCAACGAGUGGGAAUGGUUAUCUAACUGGAGCUAGUAAUAAUUAUCAAGUUAACUCUUAUCAGCCACAGUCAGGAUUCCAAAUUCAGCAAAACCAACAAAAGAGUGGGCCUUUCAUCACCAGGUAUACAGGUUUAUUCCUAUUCACUUCUUUUAUUCCCCCCAUCUUUGGACUGCGUCAUCAUAUUUUAUUCAGCGUUUUUAAUUCACCAUUAACAAUGUACCAGAUACGUGUGGUAAGUGAUAUUUACAUGAAUACUUUCUCUCCUUCCUCCAAAACCUACAUAAAUGGUAGAUAGACUGUACUAUAAAUGCACUAACUGCGGUCUUUAAAACUCUUACUUUGCAAAAUCCAGAGUAUGUCAAUCUUAUCCUCUUCAAAUUGUUUUACAAUUGCAGCAACGCACUAAUUUCAUCUUUAUUGCCACUGUUCAUAACACACCUAGUAGUCUUCAAAAGUUAGAGCUCUCCGGUUGUUUCGUUAUUUUACGUUUUAUAGUUUCUGAAUGAUUAUUUUUUACUUCAGAGACAAGCGAAAUCUCAAGGUGGUACUGAAGUAUUGAAGUAUAGUUUUCUAUUUUAUCAAGUAACUCUGUAAUUUUGUGCUAAAGAAUCGGUUGUGCUCACCUGUGUUUUCUGUCACUACAUUUGGUGUCGCUACCUCCACUAAGGAUAAAAAUUCCAUGGCCGGAGGGAUUUGAGGACGGAGAUGUGCUGAGCUUCCCGAAGGAGUUUGAGGCCGUGGUGGAGCUGGUGGAAGUGAAGGAGCCUAAGGCAAAGAUGGUGGUGCUGGUGACGCUGCUGAAGGCAGGGCAGAGGUCGACAGCCCGGCGGACAGAGAAGUACUGAAGAUGUUCCGGUUAGCGAAUUUGUCGAUCGAUGGUGACCCACUGGUGAUGGCAGUGGAGCUUACCAGGUUGUUGCACCGCGCGCUGCCGAAUCUGGAUGGGGAGUUGGAGGCACAGUUGCUGGCGUCGCGGUGCUGAGAUAAAUUUUCCGUUCGUAGUAACCAUAAGCCUAUCGAGACCCAUAUUAGGAGCAGAUUUCCUAAGAGAAGUAAAAGCAGUAGUUGACUUAAGAAGCGGUAAGGUGGUCACAAAGUACGGUUCAUUCCCAAUACAUGAAAGUAGCGAAGUGGCUGAGAUAAGAGUGGCAACAAACAUUUCGAUGAAGAAACCAAACCUUAACGAGUUGUGCACAAAGUAUACGAAACUGUUCACGGGAGACAGAGCCGUACGGAUUUUGUUGCAAAGUAAAGCACGAAAUCCUGAUAUAUUUGCAACACGUCGUGUCCUUGUGCAUUUAGAGGCCAUGGUAAAUCGAGAGGUUCAGGAGUUGUUAAAAGAAGGUAUAAUUGAGGAAGAAGACAAUUCGUAUAACUCGCUGGUACUCUUGGUAAAGAAAUCGAAUGGAAUAUAUAGAUUUUGUGUCGAUUUUAGAGAACUAAAUAACAUAACAGAACUGAAACCUUGUGCAAACCCAACAGUAGCGGAAACAUUAGAUCGGCUGCAGAAUGCUGCGGUAUUUACAGUGCUGAAUUUGCGGUCAGUUUACUGGCAACUGCUUAUAAACGAGCGGUCGAGACAGGACAGCAUUUACUGUACGUGAUAAACAUUAUCAAUUUAGAUGAGUGCCGUUUGGGUUGACGGGUGCACAUUUUAAGUUCAGAAGAUUAAUGAUACUGUUGCUCAGAGGUCUAGAUGACGUCGAGGUGUAUGGUAACGAAUUAAUAAAGACAAGUCGCAGUUUGCGAAAAGUAGCGUCACGUUGUCGGGGCAUAAAGUGGGAAAUGAAGAAACGAAAUCAGUGCCGAAGAAAAUUCUAACCAUAAAGAACAUUACAGUACAAUUCCUGGUAAGCGCAGCAUUCUACGGUCGGUUCGUCAAGGACUUCAACGAAAUAGCAGCACCCCUAUAUAAGUCGUUGAGCAACACUAAGUUUAUGUGGACUGAGACCGCCCAACAAACGUUCAACCGAAUCAUAAACAUGCUAGGCAACCUCCAGAUGACGCUCAGACUGCCUGGACCUGAGAAUCAGUUUACAAUGGCCACAGACGCAAGUAAUCAUGGUAUAGGUACCGUCUUGAGUCAGUCUGAUAGAGUGGUUAAAUACGCGAGUCGCGUUUUCACACACACUGAACAUAAUUAUUCAAAGGUCGAAAACAGCGUUUAGCAAUUGUGUGGGCAGUGGACAAAUGGAGACCGUACCUUUUAGGUUGACGAUUCCACAUCGAGACUGAUCAUAAACCCCUUCAAUGGCUGAAAACAGCAAGAGACCCCGUGGAGAGUUGGAGCGAUGGAUGCUAGGUCUACAGGAGUACGACUUCAGUAUUGGCUAUGUUCCAGGAAAGGAAGACGUAAUGGUGGACUAAUUCUCAAGACCAAACAUGGAAGCCGAGCUUCCGUUGACAACAUACGCAACGAAUAGUAUAAAGAGAAACCCACUAGAACUUAUCCGACAGCAGAAAGCUGACCCUAUACUUAUAGAGGUAAUCAGAGUGAUAAAAGAGGGGGCAGACCUCGACACCGAGCAAUGGACAAGGAGGUAAUGAUGUUGCUUCAAAAAAAGGAAAGACUGAGAGAAUGUAUAUGAAGCCCUGAUCUAUCAGGACGAUGAAGAAAAUUGGGUGGCUGUAAUCUCGAAGAUGAUACAUGAGUUUCACUGGAGAGCGCAUACAGGUAUCGCAAGAACGACGGAUUUACUAUGACAACGUGCAUACUGGUCAAGCGUGAGAUACGAUGUGGCUCAAUACAUGUUAACUUUCCAGCAGUGCCAACUAAUGAAAAGCGAUCGAUACUCACAAACGCCAUUACAGUCAGUCCCAGUAACCGCAGUCGGUGAUCUAUGGUCGGUGGAUGUGAUGGGACCGUUUCCACAGAUGGCAGGCGGCAACUAGUACCUGCUAGUGAUGACAGAACAUGCUACACUUUGGGUAGACGCCUUACCCAUUGCAGACCAGCGGGAAAAAACAGUGACCGAAGUAGUAAUCCGGCAUGUUGUAGUGUGUUAUGGAAUAUCGAAUAUGAUAUUAACCGAACAGGUUCCCCGUUUUAAAACUGUCGCUUUUAAAGCCCGUCUAAAGCAGUUGGGCAUCAAGAGGAUACGAACUACACUGUAUCACCCUCAGAUGAACGGGCUUACAGAAAGAAAUAACCGGACGUUAAAGGAAUGGUCAGCAUCUAAAGGAGGAAAUUGAGAGAAAGAGUUACCAUUAAUUUUGCUGGCGCAUCAUGAGUGCGAGUCACGAACAGCAACAGAGAAUGUAGCGGUACGGCCAUCGGAGAGACUGCGAGAACAGCUUAUUAAGAGGAGGGACAAGUGUUGUGUGUGCUACUUAUGUUGACGUGAGUAGUAUGUAAUGCCAACCAGGAAUAGAAUGUCUGUCAGCAGAAGGUUGAUAAGAUCGAGGAUUGAAGAACGGGAGCAGAAAGCAAUUGGUACGGAAAUGCAGAAACAAUGAAGCCUGAGACAAUUAAUGAAUAUUUUGCAAAUGAAGUUUUGGAGUACGGUUUUUCUACUUUAUCAAGUAACUCUGUAAUUUUGUGCUAAAUAUUCGGUUGUCCUCACCUGUGUUCUCCUUCACUGCAGUACGUCUGGUAAGUAGGAAAGGUGAUCUAGCUUGAUAAUUGAAGUAAAGUCAGAAAUUCUCGGUCAAUCAUUUCUAAAUGUCUUUGCACAUUGUUGCAUACUUACUGGUCAGGCUUUAUCCUUACAAGUGAAUUGCAACUUUCAUCAAUCAUUAACUGAAUGAAGACAGGUCAUCUAAGUCACACUCACUCAAGAUAGUAGGCGUAUGAGUAAAAUUCUGUCUAUUAUUUCCUUAAUUAUGACCAUAUUCAACAACCUUAUUAGCUCAGACUAUUUUCUCAAUACCGUUCAAUCUUGUUAGUCACUAUCGAUCUUAUGAAAUGCUUUUUCUCCGUUGUAUCAUUAAAACAUAAUUAGUUGUUAUAAUGUGCUCUAAUUACCUAUAAAAUCUAUCAUAUGUGAUGAAGGCUUGAAGCUGUGACAAUGGUUUAAAAUUAAUUUUACCUAUCUAAAUUUUCUUAUAAGCAAUUGACUUUCUAGUUCAGUGUUUAUCAAGUAGAAAGUUGUUUCUGUUGGAAAUGAUAUUUCUCUUUUUUCAAAUCGACUUACAGAAUCACCAAUGACGCUCGUGAAGACGAAAUGGAACAGAAUUUACAACAAGUUUCAGGGAUGGUAUCUCAACUGCAUUCUAUGGCUACUGAUAUGAAUCAAGAGAUAACAACACAUAAUCAGAUUCUUGAUCGAAUCGAUCAAAAAGCGCAGUAUAAUCAGUCACAAUUGGCGUUCGCUCAAAAGAGAGCUGAUAAAAUUUUAGGACAAUCAUCGAAACCGGACAACAAAAGUAACAGUGUUUUACCAUCCAGUACAACUCUUACAGCCGCAAAAAUGAUGAUGAAAUAAUGGUACUGAUACGGAUAAUAAUGAAAUUAAUGAUGAUGUUAAUCUCCAGCUGUGUGUUUUGUUUUUUUGCCGUUAAAUCUGCUGAAUAUCCUUUCACGCACAUUCACCUAUACAUUUUUAUUUUAUAUUUAUUUAUUCAUUAUUGUUUCUUCUCUUAAAUUGACCUACUUUUCAGUGCCUUUGAAGCUAGGACUAUCGUUUGUCUCCAGUUCUUGGUUUUUUUUUUUGAUAUCGUGAUUAUUCCUUUCUGUUUAUCGGCUUCUUUGUUUAUUUUAUAAAGAAUCAUAUCUCUGUUAUAAUUUUCUAUUUGUUUAUUUUUCUCGUACGUGUGUAUAUGUGUCUCUUACAACUACGAACAAUAUAAUCCUGUGCAAAAAGUUUGCAAUUUUCUUUCGGUGCCUUGUUAACAAUGCCUUUUUUCAAUUUCUCUAUUCAAAUUAGAGUUACACAGAUGAUGUUUUUUGCUCGUGUUUUUUGUUGUUGUUGUUGUUGCAUGAUUUUGGUUUAUUUUUGUAAUAUUUUGUAACUGUUUCUUUCUUUCUUUUUCAUGGAGUAAAAAAACAUUUCACUGUUUUCUAACAACUGUCCACAAAUAAAUAACACCAUAUUGUUAAUUCUGUUGAAAAUGUCUUUUGUAUGUGUGUGUCCCCACCCGUAAAAGUCUAUUCAUCAAAAUGUAUUAAGGAUUGUAAAAUUUACAUUUCAUUUGAAUGAUGAACCAUCUCUUUCAUUUUCUCAUUUGCUAAUGUUGACCAGUUACACAUAAAAUUGCACACAGCUACACUCACAUUUAUUUACUCUUGAACUAAAAUGUGAUAUCAAUCACUUUAUCUAUUGUAAACAUAAACUAACAACAAGAGUAAAUCCAAUUCUUUCUCUUUGAAAUGAUAAUUUCUUCAUCCCGUCUGUUUUAGUUGAAUAUGAACGAUUGAUAUCUGCAUAGAUAAUAUGAAAGACUAAUUAUAAUUACUUAUUCCACAGGUUUAUUUUUUACUAAUAUUAAUUCUAUUUGCUUCAGUUCAUCACUGUUGCUAAUGGUACGACAAAGAAAACCGAGAAAGAAAAAUUAUUAAAAUGAAAUUGUAAAGAAAAGUGUAAUUAAAAUAAAAAUGGUUUAUUCAAAGUAUAAUUUUUAGUUGUUUUAUUGUUAUAAUUAUGUGAAUGAAUUCGUUUGUUGAAUGUUUGUUAAUGGUAAGGAUGUUGUUGUUUCGUCUUCUUCAUUAUAUUAUUAAUAAUAAUAAGGUAUGCCUAUACAAAAGAUUCACUUAUGAAACUGACAAUUGUCUAUUAUUUGUUGAAGUAUUGUUGUUCUAUUUCAAUGGAUUGAAAGAAAAUUAUGAGAUAUCCACAGUUUAUUAUUCACCAAAAUGUCCAGUUAAUUUUGAAUUAGUAACUAUAGCUAAGCAGUUUAUAAAAAAGUAAAGUUUGGUUUUUUUUAGAACCACAGAUUGAGAUCAACUAGAUUAAAUAAAAAUGUGAUAAUAUUGAUUUGUGGAAAGUAGUGAGACAAUGAAAGCGUAAUGUCGAGAAGAAUGUCUGUGACAAAGUUGGAUGAAAAUGAGGAAAAAUGUCGAGUCUGACGAGCGGGAUUUAAGAUUGGUGAUUGUGAUGUCAGUUAUGCAUAAGCUGUGAUUGGACGAGUAGUGUUUCAGUGGAUAACCUGUACAAGGUUGGCGUAUUUUUCUUAUACUGCUCUGAAUGAUUGACACAGAGAGAGAAGCUGGUAUGUGGCCUUGGUACGUCCGGAGUGGGCAGAGCCAGCUCUUCAUCUCGAAAUGCUCUCACAUGGCCACGUGCAUACAACUACUGUCAGGGAAGUCUUACUCACUGCCUUCUCGUGGCAUUACUGUUGUUUACGAAAUUGAUAGGACGAAAAGCGAAUGUCCGGCGCAUUAACCACGUCGGUGUAUAUGGAGGAUCCACCUAUGGGAGUUGGGGAACCCUGAUCCGAAACCAAUGGUGUACAUUGGCUGGCUCCAGGAUCUUGAGGGAACAAAUGGCAUCUGAAGCAAUUAUUGGUCACUGGCUACCAUGGGACUGCAUCUCCUGUUGUUGCUCCAUUGCCUUAUGGAUCAGACCUUUAGGUCAAUGGCUCUGGGUGUGACCCCUAGGAAAACCACCUGUUUCGGUUUGGGCACCUGGACAGUAUCCUAGCCCUCACACUCUAGCUACGACUUUCGAAUGACUUGUGUUGACUGUCAAAACUAAAUGUUGCUUUCAAUGGUCUUGAAGUGAUUUCACACACGCAGUUGAUGAGGACGAGAACAAAUAUUUGAGGAGAACAAGAUGAAUUUAACUUAUUUCACUUUUGUUCUGGUCAUUUGUUUACAACUUGUAAUGUUAAAAAAAAUCAUGAAUAAGAGAUUAGGUUCUAUGGCGUAUGUAAAUGAGCUUUGUCGGAAUGCGUCCACGUAUGUGUAUAUCGUUUACUGGAAACCGUGUGAAAUUCUAUUCUUAGCAUUGUUUAAGUAAGCUGAUUUGAUUGAAUCCGAUCAGUUAUUAUUCUUUAUAUUUUAUGGUAACAGAUUUAUUUUGUUUGCAAAGUUAUGAUAAUAUAGUGCAAUUUUUUAUCGAUUAACAAUACAUUCACUUUCAUGUUAUUAUAUUUUUGUCUGUUUUGUGCUGGGUUUUUUUUUUGCGUGAUGUAUUUUGAUGUUUUAGACUGAUGAUACUAUACAGAUAGUUUAGUUUUCUUCAUCCUGUAUAUAAAAUCCAUUGUUUCUAAAUUAAAUAACGCAUUUAUCAACCACUAUAUUGUGCGUCACAUGUAUGAGUAGAUAUAAGUGGUAUUCAGCAGAAAUAAGAAAUGAAAUGUUUACCAGUAGAAGAUUGAAAUAAAGGGAUCAGAUAGGACAAAUGAGAGCAAUCAGUAUAACAACAGAAUUGGAAGAAUGAUACAGUAUUUUAAGAAAAAGCUCUAGGAAGAUGAGCAAAUGAUAUAUUUAAUGUGUGAUUUUCAUAUUUUACAAAGGUACUGUGUGAUCUAUUAAACAAUAAAUCGGUUUACGGUACCUUCGUUCACUACACCACUAAGUAUUUAUUUUCGCGUAUUAACUCGUACCUUGAUUCUGCUCAAAUUCUAGCGAUGACGAUGGCUAUUGGGUGAAGUAAUCUAAUAUCACGAUAUACUUUCCGACUUGUAGGAGACUUAUAGACCAAGAUCUGUAAGUUUACCGCAAAGUAUACUGACUAGUUUGAACAUUUUGAACCUAAGAAAAGUUACUUCUUUAGGUAUAAAUUUAACACUUAUAUAAAAGCUUUUUGUUAUAUGGUGGCUAAUAAGUAUUUCAUGUUCAACUAUCGAUGUUUUCUCAUGAACUGUGUAAUUUGACAGUGACAUAACUAUAUUUACAAGAUGAGGCGUUCAUUUUGUUGAAUUUAGUGCCAGAUAUCUUAUAAAUUUUACAGUAAACGUUUACUUGAUUGACAUGAAAUGUAAUUCUACAGCAUAAAGUAGCGUGCCAAUAAACUUGCUUCAUACAGAUGACAUUAAUUCUAAUUGAUUUUGUUGUGGAAUAUGAUUUGUAGCCCUUAGUAACUUCCUAUUUUUACGGAAUUAAUAUUAUGUAUUGGUUUUUACUGGUUAAAUCAAUUCAUAACAACAUAUUUUAACAUUCCAAGUGCAAUCGAUGAAUCAAUGUUAACAAAGUGUCAGUUUCAGUGACAUUGUGCUGAUAGUCAUUACUUUCACUUUAUCGUAAUUAUUGUAUUCUUUCAUCGUGCUAUCAAUUGUAUAUAUUUCAUUUUUAUAGUGUUUAUAAAUAAUAAAAGAAUGUAUAUCGGCUUAGUACUCUGUUGAUAUUGCUGUUAUAGACAUGUGGUUUAGAGUAAUACAAUGUGUUGUUUUCUAAUUUUGACAUUCAUUAUCGUUUGUUUACUCUUUUUGCUUUAGCGUAAUCAAUGUCAUGGUUAAGUAACUUAGCCAAUAAAGCUGAAAAUUUUUUAAACACCCUCGAUAAUUCAGCUGCAGAAGUCUUCAGGUCAACUGAUCAACAGAGAUUUCUUGAAGAACAUAUCAGUGACUAUGUGGACAAUACUAGCAAUUAUCCCAUUGAGACAUCAUUUAGAUAUCACACAUUGACCGAUUCUAACCAGCCUAAUGAGUUGUUGAUAAAUUCAAGACAUGAUAUGCCUGUUACAGUGAAACCAUUGGAAAUGUCAGCUACAACUAGCUUUUAUCAAUCAUUAUCAGAAAGCAAUAAUCAGCGUACACUGGUUGACACAUUAAAUAAUAACACUUUAUCAGAAUUAUCAUCAUCGUCUUCUGUUCAAAGCAAAAUAUCCAGGAAUAAAGAUUUGAAAUCUGCAGCGAAAUCAAACAGUUCGAUACAACAAUCAAAUGAUUUAGAUUUAUUUAAUUUUUUAAAUACUACUAAAUCAGUCAACUCAGAUGAAAUCACCAAUCCAUUAGGACGAGACGCAGUGAGACGAGAUUCUUUAUUAUCUACUAGCGAUAAAAUUGAAGAAGAUCAGAGUAGUGGUUAUGAAACAUCACUGUCGACUAAACACUCUGGUACACCUGUUAAAACAAGUAAAGAAGAGAGUUCUACUGUAACAACUGUUCAUGAACUAGAGGUUCUAAGUGAAGAUUCUUGUAAACAGUCACGAAAUACACAUUCCUCUAUUACUAGUGAUCUUCAACUGGAGAAUAAACUUCUUCGUAGUGAAGUCUCGUCUUUAAGUCAAGAGGUGUCUGGAUUAUUGCGGCGUAAUCAUAAAGCUUCAGAAGAAAUUAAACAACUUACUGGUCAGGUUGAUCGUUUGAACAAUCAACUGAAAGAUUCUGAUCAACGUGUUCGUGAACUUCAAAUAAAAAUUAAGGAGUCUGAAUUAUCUAAAACGCCAAAUACCAACAAUGUUGAGUUGUUAGAAACUAAAUUGAAACAAACCGAAAUGGAAUUGUCAACUGUACAAAAUAAUUUGAAAUAUGUACAAUCUCAAUUGGAGAAAAAUAAGCUGACAAUCAAUACUUUGGAAGCUAGUCUGUAUGAAUCUCGUCAACAGAGUUUAAUUGCAGAUAAACGAAUUGAACUAACUCAAAAUGACAAUAUUCGAUUAACACGUGAAUUAACACAAUACAAAGAGAAAGCCAAUCAUAUUUUGGCAAUGAAAGAACGAGUGAUUUCAUCAUUACGUGGUCAAGAUGUAAAUUUGGAACAAUUACAAACUACAGUUGUCAAUAGUGAAAAUAAUUCAGAAAAUGAAUUGAUCACUUCUAUACGUGCAGAAUGUGAUUUAUUACGUGAAGAAGCUAUUCGAUGGCGUCUAGAAGUUGAACAUAGAGAAAUGGCAAUGCAAGAAUUAGAAUUGCAAAUGCAAGCUGAGAAAGAUUCAUUACGACGUAAUAUUGAAUUAUCAGAACAACAGGCAGAACGUGAAAAACAACUUCGAGAAGAAGCUGAUACAGAGUUGGCACAUUCAAGACAAUCUGUACGUGAAUUAGAAGAGACAUUCAGUCGUCAAAAAGCUGACCUACACAAUAAACUAAUGUCAACCGAGUCAGAAUUAGCUCGACUUAGACAAAUAGCAUCGAAUGAAUCGCUACGGAACACACCUCCUUCACGAAGUGAUCCAGAAAACAUAUUGACAUUAGAAUCACGUAUUAGACAAUUAACCGAUAAUCUUUUAUCGAAACAAGAUGCACUGGAUUCGGUGUUGGCACAAAAUCAUGCUUUAAAGAUUCGACUUGAUCGUGUAUUGAGUGAUAAUGAAUCACUUAUUUCAGCUUUACCUAAUUAUGAUACUCAAUUGAUUUUGGGAUAUGGUAGAUCUUAUCAAUCAUCUAUUGGAGGUUAUGGAUGUACUAAACUUAAUCUACAUGAUACCCCGAUUCCUAAACAAUUAAGACCGUUAGCUUAUCGAAUAGAUAAUCUUGGUAUACAAAUCGUUAACAGUUUUCGUCGGUUCCCAGUUAUUCGUCUAACUGUUAUCAUUUAUUUAAUAAUUCUCCAUUUGUCGAUAAUUAUUGUGUCUUUCAUGCGAGUGGAUAACAUGAAAACUGUUACGGUUGGUGGCAGUGGCAGUAGUAAAGUGGUUAUAGAAAAUCCUCCUGUUGAAGCUAAUCGACUUCCUCAUGCUUUAAAUAAACCUUGAAUUAGAUAAACACAUUGUCUCUUCCUCUCUCUCUCUCUCUCUCUCUCUCUCUCUCUCACACACACUCACACACAGACAUUAUAACGGCCUCUAUCUUCUUGUGUCUUUUCACUUUUUUGGUCUUUCUGUGAUGUAAUUUGUUUAUCUCUUCUUUAAUUCGGUGUACUUUUAUGUACUACUGAAAUGAAGGAAAGAUAGUAGUAUGUGGUGUGUUUUGUUCUUUUAUUCAUUUAAAGAUUAAUUAAUUACUGUAUUAUUUUUGGAAUAACUAUUAAACAAAUUCAGUGAA